GGUUGGACACUGAUACGCAGUGAGACAGUCGAUAGCAGGUUGUGUGGGUGACAGCGGCUAGCAUCACACUUCACCAUCAAACAGCUAACGUUGGCCAAGUUAACAGGAAACGGCGGGUGAAUUUAUGUUACACACAGCUGCAGAGACCGCUGAUUAAAAGGAUAAACUAAACACUAUUUCUUAGUACGGCGAGGAUGUCUGUCCCGGCAGGAGAGGGAUGAAGAUGACACCAAUGUUAUGGCGAGUUGUGUCAGUGUGGCUAUGUGUAUCUGUGGUCUGUUGGCACCUUAGUCGCCAUGUUUGUUGCACAGAGUCGCACGAAGAGGCCCAGAGGCUCGUGUCCCCACAGGACAUCAGUUCGGAGGAAGAGUCAGAGGAAAAGUCUCCUCAUCACAAGGGUGAGGAGAGCUGGGUCUUACCUUCUCAGUCCUUGUCUCAAAAUGAGCUGUUUUUGGGGGAUAAUCAACAGGAAGAACGGACAAGACAGGAUGUGGAUAAAAAGGAACAAUAUUCUGAGGCCUUUGAAGUGGAAGAGCCCACUAUAGAGACAGAAGUGGAGGUAGACAAGGAAAUUUCGCAGUCUGAGCCAGAACCUGAGCCAAGCUCAGAAAAUCAACGUCACGAAACUUCUGUCAUUCAAGAUCAGGAUUCAGCUGCUCUCCCCAUCUCUGGUUAUGCUGCAGAGCUUAAAGACAAUCCCAGCAUCCUCAACCUUCAGGACAACAUCCCAAAUAGCCUUUCAGAUGAUGCGUCUGAUGUAGCUGCACCUGAAGUCCUUGAAUCUGACCUCCCUCCUACUGACUGUGAAGAAGAAGAAAACAACCCAUAUGAUAAUGAAAGCAGUCCUCCUAUGGUUCUGGAGAACACUUCAAAUGCUCACACUGCAGGUACAAAAACCCACACAGACCCUCCUCUGUCUACUCUAGCCGGUCACGGCACACAGCCUCUGGAGGUCAACACAUCACACACGCUGAGAGCAGAGCAGGACCAGAGUCCCCCUGGUACUGCAGACACAGAUUCCAGCACGAGCAGCAAAGACCCCGAGGACAUCCCCACUUUUGACGAGUGGAAGCGGAAGAUGAUGGAGGUGGAGAAAGAGAAGACUCAAUCUACUCAUACCUUGAACAAUGGGGGUUCUCAUACAGUGAAGAAGGUCCAGAAGAACUUCAAUAACUACGCUUCAGUAGAAUGUGGAGCCAAGAUCCUUGGUGCUAACCCAGAAGCUAAGAGCACUUCAGCCAUAUUGAAGGAGAACAUGGACUUGUACAUGCUAAACCCCUGUAGUAAUAAAAUCUGGUUCAUCAUUGAGCUCUGUGAGCCCAUCCAGGUGAAGCAGUUGGAUAUUGCUAACUUUGAACUCUUUUCCUCUACUCCCAAAGACUUCCUGGUCUCCAUCAGUGAUAGAUACCCAACAAAUAAAUGGUUGAAGCUGGGAACUUUUCAUGCCAGGGAUGAACGCACAGUCCAGAGCUUCCCAUUGGAUGAGCAUCUUUAUGCUAAAUAUGUGAAGAUGUUCACCAAGUACAUAAAGGUAGAGCUGGUCUCUCACUUUGGCUCUGAACAUUUCUGUCCCCUCAGUCUCAUAAGGGUGUUUGGCACGAGCAUGGUAGAGGAGUACGAGGAGAUAGCUGAUCCCGCAGAAAGACCAGAUGAUCAGGAUGAUGACUUGGAUUAUCCUCCUGGAUAUGCACCUGGUGAAGUCAAGUUAUCCAAGAAUCUGAUUGGAUCAGCAAAGGAUGUCAUUUUGAACAUGGUCAGUAAUAUUGCUGUGAAUGUUCUUGGUGGAGGCCCAGAGAUGCAAGGCAAUAUUUCAUCCCAUGAGGAGAACAUGACUGAGCCAUCAGCGCAGAUUGAAACCACCACCCAGACUACCACUACAGAUCUUGUUCCAGACAAUGAAGAGGUGGAAAUCCCACCAGACGGUGAUAUUCCUGCACCUGCAGUCCCCUCCUCAGAGACCCCUGUGUCAGAGACACCUGAUACUGAUACUAGCAAACAAGAGCUCCCCCCAGUGGAGGAAAAAAUAAUUAUUCCUUUAGAGAAAGAUGAGGAAGAACCUAUCAGCUCUACAAUCACCCUUUUGGAAAAAGAGGAGGAGCUGGAUGAAGAAAAAGAGAAAAGGGAUCAUCAUGAACAACAAGAAAAUCGAAAUGACUGUGCACUACUUCCUUCAUUUUCUUCCUCAUGCUCUUGCGCAGCUUCUCUCCAGGAAUAUAUCCAUCGCCAGUGUUCAGCCCUGUUGUCCAAAAAGAGGAAAUGCCAAACAACGGACAGAAAGCAAAUGAUUCCUCCUAUCCAAACACCCACUUGGCACCAACCUGUGUCCCCCUCCGCCUGCCCUGAACCUCAGCUGCACCACAGUGAGAUACAUCAGCUCCAUGAAAAAGAACAAGCUUCUGUGCAGGAGCCAGAGAAUGGAGCCAGCCCAUCAGAAGCACCACAGCCUCCAGGGAACACAGUAGAAUCUCAAAAAGAGUCUAUGCCCAAACCUCCUGUGCUGGAGCCCAGUCAAACCUCGGGCCUCCCAAAACCCAGUGCCACCGAUUCAUCUGCUGCCAAACCUACUCCUAUUGUGGAGAUACCACAGCUGUCUUCUGAGGAGACCGCAAAGGAGCUAAGGCCAGAGAAGAGCCUGGACGUGCUGGCUAUAGAGAAGCACACCGAGCCCUCAGAGUAUCUCAGUAGCUCCAACUAUGUGAAACCCAGCGUCAGUGCCACAGUGGACGAUGCCUCAGUGGAACCAACUGAGGAGAAGCCUAACAUUGAUGUUUCUCAACUGGAAAUAAAUGCCCCUGUCCAAACCCCAGAUAAGACAGAUCAGUCUCAGGUUCUCCUUCCUACCACUUCUGUUCAGUUAGAACAUCACCCUGACCCACCAGCUCUAUCUGAAACUACCACUGCUUACACCGAGCUGUCCCACCCUCCUCCGGACACUGUCACAGAGCUUGAGCCCUCUGGUGGCCCCCCAGCCAUCACAGAAACUAAAACAGAGGAUCUCACCGAAGACAUCUCCACAUCAUCAGGUGGCAACGGACAGCUGCCCCGCCCCUCUUCUCCAGCUCCUCCCUCACCUACCUCACCGUCCCUCUCAGACAUUUAUGCAGAGACACCCAAUGGCACAGAGCAGAAUGGCAACCCAGUGCACAGCUCCAGCCAGAAGGAGUCUGUGUUCAUGAGACUCAACAACCGCAUCAAGGCCCUGGAGAUGAACAUGUCACUCAGCGGACGCUACCUGGAGCAGCUUAGUCAGAGGUAUCGAAAGCAGAUGGAGGAGAUGCAGAAGGCUUUCAACAAAACCAUCAUUAAACUCCAGAACACCUCUAGAGUAGCAGAGGAGCAGGACCUGCGUCAGACUGAGUCCAUUCAGAUGCUGCAGGGUCAGCUGGAGAAUGUGACUCAGCUGGUUCUCAACCUGUCUGUCAGAGUCAGCCAGCUGCAGAAUGAGGUGUCUGACAGGCAGUACUACCUGCUGCUGUCUCUGGUGUUGUGUCUGUGUCUCGGCCUGUUGGUGUGUGCCAACCGCUGCCGCAUCUCCACUAUACCUCCAGUCACAGAACCAGAGCCACCCAUACCCAAGAGCUACACCUACUGCUGUCCUGAGAGGCAGUUCUCUUCCUGUGAUGACAUGGGCUUGAAGAGGAGCGCAUCUUAUCCACUCAUACACUCUGAGUCAUUCCAGUUAGCCACCACUGAAGACCCAGAGAUGCUGCAUCCAGAGGAGACACAGAGUCUGUGUCCUGCUAACAGAAAGAGGAGACGUCGUAAGAUGAAACCCAUUGAGAAAGUAGAGACUCUGAAACCCUCUUUUCAUGCUGCUCCAGAACUGAGUAACGGAGCUGUUGUAUGUAACGGUGUGCCUGUCAUCACAAACCCUACUCCCCUUACAAAAAGGUUACUUCAACCUGCCUUUAGAGACUCACCAUCAGAGGGCAGCUCAGAGGGAUCUUCACAUUCUGAUGACCCCUCCUUCUGUGGCAUCACCACAGCCUGCUCUCGAAUCUGUGACGGCCUCCCUCCACCCAAGACACGGGCAGAGAAACGGGCAUUAAGACGCCGGCGUCCCAAGCCCAGCUGUGCGGUGGUGGACUUGCUUCAAGCCCCAAAGAGGGACAAGAGUGAACCACUGCCCAUCUCUACCAUACAGGACAUCAUGAGCAGGAAAACAGAGCAAAGCUCUGGGACGUUUGGAGUAAAUGUUGCCCUCUCAGGUCCUGUCUAACAGAAAAAAGAGACACAUUUAAGAAGACUCCACUCCUUCUCACCCACUGCAAAAGAGGAAGGAUGUUAAUUUCUGUAGCCACAGGCAGCUUGAAGCUCUAACAUGAAACAGUCCCUUCACUCUCACUGUUUAGUUUUGUUUUCUGUUCAUGUUCUCUGUUCCGUUCUUGUCAAACCUUUUAUAUUUGUUAUACUUCAAGUCAAAGAAUUGUCUUCCCAGCUUAAAAUUAAAGCUUUUCUCUUUGUUUGGAAAUAUUGACCCAACACUGAACAAAGAGGACUCGACAAGUUUUAUUUUCUACAUGCUGCGCACACCUGACCACACGUUCAUCAUCUCUUUUGUGAAGAAAUUUCUAUUCUAGAAAAGAGACGUAGAUGUUUUAAUCUGUUCUUUGAUUUCAUUGUAAAUCUUAAGUAAAUCUGUCGGGUACUUGC